AUGGCAGAGUUACUUAAUAACCCAAAAUCACUAGCCAGAGCUCAAGGCGAGAUGGAUUGUGUGAUAGGCCAAAACGGCAUCGUUCAAGAAUCUGAUAUCUCACAUUUGCCGUAUUUACAAGCAGUUGUGAAAGAAACUUUUCGAUUACAUCCUGCUGCUCCAUUUCUUGUCCCACGUAAAGCUGAAGCUGACGUGGAGAUUCUUGGGCUCAUGGUGCCUAAAGAUACUCAAGUUCUAGUGAACGUUUGGGCCAUAGGACGAGAUCCAGCAGUGUGGGAGAAUCCAACCCGGUUCGAGCCAGAGAGGUUUUUGGGUAAAGAGACUGAUGUGAAAGGUAGAGACUAUGAGUUAACACCGUUUGGGGGCGGACGAAGAAUCUGCCCGGGGCUGCCUUUAGCUGUGGUGACUGUGUCCCUCAUGCUUGGUUCACUUCUUUAUUUCUUUGAUUGGAAGCUUCCAAAUGGUGUUGCUUCUGAGGAUUUGGACAUGGACGAGACAUUUGGUAUUACACUACAUAGGACCAACCCGUUACAUGCCGUUCCUGUCAAGAAACGCGCAUAUAAGUAA